AUGGACGUCUACAAUGCCGUGAAGGACAUCACUGACCCUGGCGUUCCUGCGUACAUGAAAUCUUUGGUCAACGGUGCGGACGUGGAGAAGGCUUACAAGGGCUUUUUGGAGUUCAAGGAUGUGGUGGAGAAGAACCAAGUGUCCGCAGUUGGUGCUCCUGCCACCGUGUCCACUGGAGACAAGAUUGGUGUGGCUGCCAAGGCCCUUUCAGAUGCAUCCUACCCUUUCUUGAAAGAGGUGGACUGGCUGUCCGAUGUCUACCUGAAGCCGCUGCCAGACACCACAGCCCCCAAGGUGAUGAAAGCCAUCGACAAGAUGAUCGUGAUGGGCAGCCAGAUGGACGGAAACUUGUUGAAGGCUGCGGCUGAAGCACACCACAAGGCCAUUGGCAGCAUCGAUGCCAAGGAGUGA